GCAUCUGCCUCGAACUUCUACCAACUCGGAUUGGGCCACCUGCAUGGUGGAAAUGUUCGCGCUGCCUACGAGGAUUUUCGCGAAGCUGCCCGGAUUGACCCCACUGAUUUCCAAAUAUGGCAGAAGUACGAGGAGACGUACAGGCAAGUUGAAGGUGAUAUUGCGGAGCAGCACAGAGAGAACAGUGCUGACCGCAACUUUCGGUCAUUACGUGCAGCCGAGCCCCAGGUUAAAGCACCGCGCCACUUCACCUUGAAGGUCAGCAGAAGUUUCUCAACAUUGGAAGCUGCUGGCGAGGAUGUGGACGAGGAGAAUGCUCGAGCAGUGUUUCUACGCGGCGGCAGCCUGUUUGCAAGCCCGCAAGCUGACCCUGAGGGCAAGGAUGACAAUUUGGAGAUGGUGACGACUAGUCCGAGACGAUACUUCUUCAUCCUGCUGGCAUGGUCCCUGACAUGGCUGCUCGUCGUGUACCACUACCGCACACUUGGAGGGCAUAGGGAGCUGAACCCACUGGAGGUGUUGGGAUGGAUUGCUUUAGCGAAGCACUUUCGCAAAGAAGCAGGACAGCUGCAACAUGCCGCAACCGCCGCAGGCCUUUUCGACUCCGAGCGUCAGCUCCCUGGUGGAGAUUCCCAGGGCAAAGACCUGAAGAGUUUCAGCGACUUCGGCCUAGGCUUCGAGAAAGACUUCGGAUUGGACCGGGAACGCGACUUUGACUUUGGUUCCAGCUUUGGUAACGGACACAAAGGAAAAGGCAGGGAACCGAGAGAUGGCAAAGACUCUCACAAAGGAAAAUCCAAGGAGCCUCGUGAAGCAGAUCCCAAGCAGGUGUUCGUGGCAAACAUCGGGGAAGCUCAUGAGGACGAGCUUCGGAGCUUUUUUGAGGAUGCUGGAGAGGUCGAGCGGCUGAAGGUCUUGCGGAACCCUGACGGCAGUUCCAAGGGCAUCGGCUUUGUGACGUUCCGCACCGAGGAGCAGGCCCAGAAGGCCCUCAGCUUUCACAACAAGGCUUUUGAGGGCGGCCACAUCGUAGUGCGAUUGGCUCAUGGAGGAAAAGGCAAGGGAGACCGUGAGAAAGGCGAGAAGGGUGACAAGGGUGACGGACGUGAUGGGCGAGGCGACUCGAACCGCGAUCGUGACAGCCGAGAUCGUACCAAAGGAAAAGGUCGAGGAGGCAAGGGCAAGGUGCCCAUGGCUGAUGUGGAGGACCUUCUUGAACAGGCGCUUUCUGGCCAGGAUGGCCCGCUCAAGAUCAGCGACUUCGACUUCACAGCCAAAAAGUUUGUCGCCGAGCUUCGCAGCCGCGACCGUGCUGAUGGUGGGUCACGGUUCCAAGAGGCCAUGGACAUGAUUUUGAAGUACACCUCUUCCAAGGACAGAAGCUCGGUACGCAAGUGGCCUGCCUACGUGUUCACACUCUUGCAGAAGUUUGAUCCCGCGCUCGGCGAAGAGAUGCGAGAACGAGAUCAGGAACGGCGCCAAAAGGGCUCCGGAUUUCGUCGACCCCGUCCUCCUCUCGAGGAAGAAGAUGGGUGA